ACCUGCCGCGACGGGAGCGGGCAGAGCCAGGCUGACGGACACGCUGCUGCCGGGUUGAGGGGCAGCCGCCCGGGAGAGCCGCUGCCGGUGGCCGUGGAGUCCCGCCGCUAUCCCCCUGCCCUCCCCCAAGGGACGAUGGUGCCGCGGGCCUGGCGCAGCGCGGGGGCUCGCCCGUUCCUGCUGGCGCUGCUGCUGCUGGUAUAUCUGCCUCAGGGUCGCGGCCACCGAGCCACGGGGCCCCGGUUUUUAAUAAGUGACCGUGACAGAGACCCUCAGUGUAACCUGCAUUGCUCCAGGUCCCAGUCCAAGCCUCUCUGUGCCUCUGAUGGCAGAACAUAUGAGUCAAUGUGUGACUACCAGAGAGCCAAAUGCCGGGAGUCGAGUCUGAGCGUGACGCAUCGUGGCCGCUGCAAAGAUGCUGGCCAAAGUAAGUGUCGAUUAGAGAGAAUUCAAGCGCUGGAACAGGCAAAGAAACCCCAGGAAGCAGUCUUCAUCCCAGAAUGCAAUGAGGAUGGAUCAUUCACACAGGUGCAGUGCCAUACCUACACUGGAUACUGCUGGUGUGUGACACCUGAUGGCAAACCUAUUAGUGGCUCUUCUGUACAGAACAAAACUCCUGUAUGUUCAGGUUCUGUCACUGAUAAACCAUCAAGCCAGGGUAAUUCAGGAAGGAAAGUUUCUUUUCGAUUCUUUUUAACCCUCAAUUCAGAUGACGGUUCCAAGCCAACGCCUACCAUGGAAACCCAGCCGAUUUUCGAUGGAGAAGAAAUCACAGCACCAACCCUUUGGAUUAAGCACUUGGUCAUCAAAGAUUCCAAGCUGAACAGCUCCAGUAUAAGGAAUUCAGAGAAAGUUCACUCCUGUGACCAGGAAAGGCAGAGCGCCCUGGAGGAGGCCAGACAGAACCCCCGGGAGGGUAUCGUCAUUCCCGAGUGUGCUCCUGGAGGGCUCUACAAACCAGUGCAAUGCCACCAGUCGACUGGGUACUGCUGGUGUGUCCUGGUGGACACAGGACGCCCCUUGCCUGGCACUUCCACUCGCUAUGAGACCCCAGUGUGUGAAAGCGAUGCCAGAUCGAAGAGCACAGAGAUUGAUGAUCCAUUCAAGGACAGAGAGCUUCCAGGCUGCCCAGAAGGGAAGAAAGUUGAAUUUAUUACCAGCUUACUUGAUGCCCUGACUACAGACAUGGUACAGGCUAUAAACUCGGCAGCACCUACUGGGGGUGGGAGAUUCUCUGAGCCAGACCCCAGCCACACACUGGAGGAGCGAGUGGUACACUGGUACUUCAGUCAGCUGGACAACAACAGCAGCAAUGACAUCAACAAGCGGGAGCUGAAGCCUUUCAAGCGUUACGUCAAGAAGAAAGCCAAGCCCAAGAAGUGUGCCCGGCGUUUCACUGACUACUGUGACCUCAACAAAGACAAGUCAAUCUCACUUCAGGAGCUGAAAGGGUGCUUGGGAGUCAGCAAGGAAGGAGGUAGCCUGAGCGGGUUCCCCAAUGGAAAAAGACAAGGCCUUAACCCUUUCAUAGGUCGCCUGGUGUAGCUGCAGAAGGCAAGAAGGGAAGGCAGGAGCCGGCGCAGAGGAAGGAAAAGACCCAGCGACAGACGGACAGACACCUCGCUGCUUGUGAGCAAGCAGGCAGCACCAGCAACAUCCAGCGUAGCAGAAGUGGCACCCAGAACGUUUGCACUUUUAAAUAAUUGGUUUGGGUUUGUUUCUAAUUGCUUUUCCAUGCCAUUAUCCAGUACUUUGGAGAGCGGGGGUGGGGGGAGGGGGUAGCAGGAUCAUAACUUGUUUAAAAUUGGAACAGCUACUGAUGAGUAAAACUGAGUUCUCUGGGACUCAAAGAGAAUUUUAUAUACUGUAUAUAAAUAUAUAUGUAAAUUGUACAGUUGUCUUGUAUAGGGGUUGGAGUCACUGUUCUGUUCCUCCCUUUGCUUUUGAAGGCUGUUAGGGUUAGAGGGACACUUUGCAUUUAGUGGGUUACCGUAAUGCAUUCAUUUCUGCCACCGUCUAUCAGCUGCAAACCUUAACACCCCCAUGCAAAAAGGAGCAAGUAUAUCAGUGUGACUUGUGCUUGCAGUUAUGCACACAGUGGCCCAGAUACCAAAUGCUUCCUGGGAGCAGCUGAACCCCUUCUUUUCUUACUGCAAAGCCCUGUGCUGCUUACAGGCCCCUGGGCUUUUGAGUUUCACCUCAGUAUCGAUGCACUGCAAAGCUGCUUAGUAUGGGUAGAAAAGGGUUGUACUAAGGACAUGCAAAAGUAGUUUCUGCAUCUGUUGCAAGUUGGGCAGAAAUGAAUUGCAGAUUCAUUGCUAUCCAUGCUCAGAAGACACAUGUAGCAAAUAUGUGCCAUGCCUUGGGAAUCUAACACUGUGGGAAGGACGUGGGAGCCACAGGCCUAGUAGAGUCAGCAGAGUGAAGUCUUUCCUCUUCCUCUGUUAUAAAGCCUUCCAUCUGUAUGUUGUACAACAAUAAAAGAUAUUGAGAAGUCUCCUAAAAGCAGCAUUAGCCUUGCCUGUUGCUUUGCUGAAGAGCAAAGAACAUUUUUGUCAGUGCAGAAAGACACAAUCAUGCUGCUGGUCCCCAAGAGUCUGGUUUGCUUAUGUUUCACCACUGCAGCUUGGGCCAUGCUUACUGGUGAAAGAGUCUGUCUGCAAUGACUGUGCAUGUCUUUGGUGGCUGUGAAUGCCAAGCUCCUUUCCUGCACAGUGGGAUGGACAAGCUGAGAGCAUCCACUUCACCCAGUUCACUGUUAUCAGAACCUCCUGUGUUAAUCACACACCACUAUCACAUUACAGUAACGUGAAGGCUUGGGUUGAGAAGCUUGCUGUUCUCGGAGGCCACAGGGCCAUGUUCCAAAGUUGUUGCUUACUUAAUUUCAGAUACACUUGUAAAUUCAGCAGUAGGGUGGUGACACCCAUCCUCAGCAAUGAGUGCUGGGUUUGGGCAGAGUACAAUGGGACAGUAUUUUGCUUUGUGCAUUUCCAGACAGUGGUAGGAUUUUGUUAGAAAUGUAGGAAAUGUUCUGAGCAGCUUCCCACUUCAGACCUGGCUAUCCUUGUGCCACUUGCUUCUGGACUAAGAACCUGCAGUCAGAGAUGAUGAGAUGCCAUGGUAAUACAAAAUCACAUACCAACAAGUGUUUCUAAGGGCACUGUCUUACUGUAGGGACUGGGUUUGUCCCUCACGGCUUUGCUGCCUUGGUUAAAGAGGUUGCAACAGCAUCCUCACUGUGCCAUGUCAUUGUGAUGGUAGCAUGAGAUAAACACAUCACAGCAGGAGUGUCUGGUGCAGUUAAGUUAGUUCUUUGUUGACAACAUGGGAAGUUUGUAAAAAAGAAAAAGGCAAACCAUAAAUAACUGUUUAAGAGCAGUAAUAACUUCCUCUGGGGAGUAGAUUUGAGCUAAUUAAAGCAUUUGGCAUGGUUGAAAACACCUCUGGUGAUCUCUGAAGUGUUCGUUGCACCACCAUAACAUAAAGAGGUUGUUUCUUUAGCAAGAUCAGAAUCACAGGCUAUACCUGGUUGGUUGAGAGCUGGAAGAUCAUCCAGUCCAACUUUCAACCCAGUACUGAAGGGUCAACACUCAACCAUGUCCCGAAGUACCAGGUCCACAUGCUGCUUGAACAGCCCCAGGGAUGGGGCUCCACCACCGCCCCAGGCAGACCAGAUUGUGCUGCUGGGCCUUCAUGGUUUCUCACAUACAAUGUGUGUGGGGUUUAGGCCUGAAAGCUCCCAUCUACUUGAUUGCAUCUUCCCUUUUUAAAUGCCAUGGGCAGUAUUUGGUGUUGAAAUGAUUUGGCUUAGUGUAUAGUCAAAAAUGUUCCAACCACUCAUUAAUCCUAUCAUAGGAGUAAAGCAUGAAUUCAAAUGCAUAAAGCAAUAAUAAUAACAGCAGCUCUUCUUUCUUAAUAUGCUAGUUUUAGGAAUUGAAAGCUCUGACUACUGGGUUGAUGUUUGGUUUGUUGGGUUGGUUUUUUGUGUGUGGGUUUGGGUUUGGUUUUAAUGUAUACUUGUAUCUGGCAAAAUCAGCCAGUUGGAUGCCCGCACGAGCUCUGUUAGCCAGCCAGCCACUGGGACUAGGCAGUGCCCCACAAGGUUGUGGGGGUAGUGAGGGCUGCUAAAAGUCACUGCUUCUUUUAACAUGGAAUGUCAAACAGCCAUUGUUUCUGCCUGUCCCAUAAAUCCAUCUGUAGACCUUUUCCUCAUGCUUGCCUCCUUCCCCUCCCAACAGCCUGCAUUCACGUGUACCUUGCAAUUAAAAUUGAGUUAGUUCUUCUAGGAAGCCAAACAAGAGGUGACUGUUGAUGUUAGCUUUGGUAUUGGUGGGCAUUCAUCUUGCUAGGCUAAUGCUGACUUUGUGGAUGGAUUUGGGUCCAAGCACUAUACUGCUUUCCUCCAUACUUUCAUGAGGCAAGUCCAGGCCCCCUCGUCUGGCUUGCUGGCUUUGCUUGGGCCUAUAAGAAGCUUCUAGCGACAGCUGUACAUUGGGCAUGCAAGACCCAACCAGCACGAUUAUGUCACAUCCAAAUAGAGGUUAGGUUACUUGUUCUGAGUUUGUGUGUUGAAAGAUCAUGCAGGCAGUACUGGUUCUGAUUCAUGUAACUCAUCCUACAGUUUGUCCAAGCAGUCUGUAUUCAUCAGGGAAGAGAAGUGCUUUCAUUCCUCUCUUCCCAUGUUGCUUUCAUUGCCAGAUAACUGGCCAGUCCACCUGGCUGUCAGGCCAAGCAUGUCCUUAUCUGGUGGUGGUCCUGAGCGUUCUCCCUGCAAUGGGUUGUCCAGGGAGGUGGUUGAGACCCCGUCCCUGGAGGUGUUUAAGACCAGGCUGGAUGAGACUCUGGCCAGCCUGAUCUAGU